UUGACGCUGAAAAAGAUCAAGGGAGAAAUCAAAAUAGGUGUUAUGAUGGAGAUGAGUCUCCUGAUUUGAUGCCCAUGCCCAUACGAGUAAUUCAAGAGUUCGGAAUGAAUUUGAAGUGUUGCAAAUGCUUGGAAAAAAGAGAGUUUGCUUGUCAAGGUACGUAAUAUAUUGGAAGGCUGUCUCUAUGCGAUCAAAAGAAUUUCUUUGAAUCCGAGAAGUGUUCUGUUUAAUCGCAAAAUUACUCGAGAAGAGAGGUUACACUUUCUAGAUUGAAUCAUGAAAAUAUUGUAAGACGGAAGUCUCCAGAGACAUGUUGCGAGGGACAAGACAGUUAUUAGAAAGAAAUUAUUUGACACAAAGGGAAGAGAGUUUAAGUAUAGAUCGAUACGUAUACCAAAGGACGUCAAACCUUUUCAUUACGACUUAUUUAUACAUCCCAACCUCGAGAAGCUCACUUUUCAAGGCAGAGUUCGAAUAAAAAUGCGUUGCUUUAAAAACACGCGUCGUGUGAUUUUCCACGUAAAAAAUCUUCGAUAUGAAAAGAUAAAGUUGACUCGUGAGGAGACUGGGGAGGACAAUACUGAAAUCAAGGUGAAAGACAUUGCCGAAAACAAGGAACUCAACUUAGUCACUUUGGAGUUGGAAAAUCAGCUGAAAAUGAACGGGAAGUACGUUCUAAGUAUGGAUUUUGAAGGAGAAAUAUCAAAUAACAUGGAAGGGUUUUAUAAGAGUUCCUAUAGGACAAAAGAUGGCGAAACACGGGUGCUCGCCGCAACUCAUUUUGAGCCCGUAUACGCACGGUCAGCGUUCCCAUGUUUCGAUGAGCCCGAGCUCAAAGCGACGUUUGAGAUAAAGAUUUUGCGUGGUGCAAAGUACUCUUCCAUCUCCAACAUGCCUUUGAAGAAGAACGGCGCAAAGGGGAUGUUUUUGGAUCAUUUUGAAAAAACAGUCAAGAUGAGCACGUACCUGGUUGCGUAUGUGGUCAGCGAUUUUAAAUAUACGGAAACUACGACAAAAAAUGGUAUUAAGCUCCGUGUCUGGGCGAAGGAACAGGCUUUAAAUGACACGAAGCAUGCUUUGGAUGUUGCGCGACAUGUUUUGACAUAUUACGAAGAAUUCUUCAACAUAAAGUACCAGUUACCGAAAAUGGAUCUAAUCGCUCUUCCCGAUUUCAUCGCUGGUGUGAUGGAGAACUGGGGACUAGUGACGUUUCGUGAGACGCUCUUGCUGUUUAAUCCAAAAUCAGGAAGCGCCAGCGACCGUCAAAUGGUGACGGUCGUUAUUGCGCAUGAGUUGGCACAUCAGUGGUUUGGUAAUCUUGUGACGAUGAAAUGGUGGAAUGAUCUUUGGUUAAACGAGGGAUUUGCAAACUACAUCGAGUAUGUGGGAGCUGAUGUUUAUGCUAAAGAUUGGAAAAUGCUCGAUCAAUUUGCGUCGGAUACCUUUCAAUCAGCGUUACAGUUUGACAGUAUCGUCAACACACAUCCUAUAUCUGUACCAGUCGACAAUCCUGCGCAAAUCAACGAAAUUUUUGAUGGCAUUUCGUACGACAAGGGUUCUUCUGUGAUUCGCAUGUUGAGAAGCUUUCUGGGAAAUGAUAACUUUCGUAAGGGUCUCCAGCAUUACUUAAAGAGAUAUGUUUACGAAAAUGCUGUUGCAGACGAUUUAUGGAAAGCGCUCAGCGAGGUUAGUAAGCUGGACGUGAAGUCAAUAAUGGAUAGUUGGAUAAAACAGAAAGGUUAUCCUGUUGUUACAAUUAAAGCAUCAAAGCUUCAUCACGACAAACACAGAAUAGAAAAAAUAAUGGAAGUAACACAAGAACGUUUCCUCAUCGAUUCUUCCCUGAAUAGACAUCAACGAAAAAACGAGAUAGGAGACAAGAAAUGGUACAUACCGCUGACCUACAUCACGCAAGAUUCGGACAUAGAGCAUACGUUUUGGAUCAACCAUACUUCAAGCAGCUCGUUUUCUCUCAAGAAUUCAGGCUGGUUGAAAGCAAAUGUCGGUCACAUGGGAUUGUAUCGUGUCAAUUACGACGAGGAGAACUGGGAACUACUGAGUCAGCAACUUCUCCAAAACCAUACGGUAUUUACGUCAGUUGAUAGAAGUGGUUUGCUGGAUGAUGCAUUUAAUCUGGGAAGGGCUGGACUCGUUUCCAUGACAGUUCCUCUGAAAUUGACUCGCUAUCUCAAUAAAGAGACGGAAUAUUUUCCUUGGCACAGUGCCCUGGGUUCUUUGUCCUAUAUCGGAUCAAUGAUAUCGCUGACCGAGUCCUAUGGACUUUAUAAGAAAUAUUUGGUGAAGAAAUUAAAACCACUUGAACUGAAGAUGAAGUGGGAAGACAAAGGAACAGUUCUGGAUAGAUAUCUGCGAGCUUUGGUACUGAAUUCUCUUUGUGAUAAAGGUGAUCAAGGAUGCAUCGACAUUGCGCAGGAGCUUUUCACAAAGUUUGUCGAUAAUGACGAAAAGCUCUCCAUAUCUCCUCAUCUACGGCAAACCGUCUACACUACGGUCAUCAGAAAUGGUGGAAUGACGGAGUGGGAAUUCUUAUGGUCGAAGUAUAAUGAAGAAACUGACGCUACACAUAAACGAAAAAUAUUGUUGGGAUUGACUUCAUCACGGGAACCUUGGCUUUUGCAAAGAAUUCUCGAUGAUGCACUCGUUGGGAAGACAAUUCGACGGCAGGAUAUGAUGUCAGCAAUACUUGGCGUCAGCGGUAAUUCAGUUGGGCGACUACAAGCUUGGGAAUUUUAUAAAGAAAAUUUUGAUAAAAUAGUCAAAAGCGUGGGUGAGGAUUCCAGCGAUUUUGGUUUAAUGCUAGAAAGUCUUACAAGCACCUUCAACAAAAAGUUUCAACUUCAAGAGGUAAGCGAUUUUAUCGAGAAACAUUCGCGGUUAUUUGGAAAAACGAGGUCUGGAAGGAAAGCAAUUGAAAAAAUAAAGACGAACAUACACUGGAUGAAGUCAAACUAUGAAACGAUCUUUAACUGGCUGAAAAAGUCAACGAUGAAUAUUAAUACAAUACUCAAAGAUUUCUGCAGAAAAUUAACAGCAUCUUCAUGAGAUUGUGGAUCAACUCAGUAGGAAGAUAUUGAUGACAGUAACAGAUAUUGUACCAUUAUGUGAAGUAAUUUGAAAAUUAUUUUUAAAAAGCAUGUUGGUCCUUUACACAUGUUCACAAUGUGUAAAACAGCAUGUUGAUUUUUAACACGUGUUCACAAUGUGUAAAACAGCAUGUUGAUUUUUAACACGUGUUCACAAUGUGUAAAAACAGCAUUUGAUCUUUACACAUGUUCACAAUGUGUAAAAACAGAAUGUUGAUCCUUUACACAUGUUCACAAUGUGUAAAAACAGCAUGUUGGUCCUUUACACACAUGUUCACAAUGUGUAAAAACAGCAUGUUGAUCUUUAACACAUGUUCACAAUGUGUAAAAACAGCAUGUUGAUCUUUAACACAUAAAUUCACAAACAUCCAAUAAUUCCAUAACAGAGCCAGUCUAGUCAUAUUGAUCAAAAACGAAAGUGCAAAAGAAAAAGAAAAAAGUUUAUGAUUCCCAAAA